GUUAAGCACAAUCAAUUCCAAUACUAUAUUUACGUUAUUAAUAAGAGGAGGUAAAGGCAUCAUAAGACAUAAUACUAAUAAUUCUGAUUAUUUUAUUUCAUUAGAUAAUAGAACGUCCAUUCAAAGUAAUCUGGGCUUUGAUAAAUCUUCUCAAAAUGUUAGUUCAGAAACAUUUAUGGGCCGUUUUUCUGCAACAUUUUAGUUGGAGAUGGUUCAGAGAAUUUUCCAAAGUAUAAAAUUUUUUUAACUAAACUAAGAAAAACUGAACGUUUUGAACUUUCGAAAGUAGGCCAUUAUUUAAAGUCACCACUUAUGAGUCACCACAUAAAUGUAUUCAUAAACAUCACACAGAGAUUAUUUUAAAUAUAUACUCUUAGUAACUGCAUUAAAUAUCUAUUUUAAUAUAAAACUAUUGCCAACUUAAAGUUGAACGAAAAUCUUUUCCCCUCUGUCGCCAUCUAUGGUUGUGAUAUAAAAUUGCAUAUCACCUGCAGUUAUUUUACAUAAGGUGUGCUCUGUUUUUUUUUUUUUGAAUCUACUUUAAGUUUUUAUACAGCAUGGCACGUUCUCUAUCUGAAAAAAAGUAGGCUUUUUGUGGAAUUUUGUUAAUUUGUUAAUUUAAUUUGUUAUUACAACAUAAUUUUUUUUUUACAGUCAUUUAUUUACAUUUACAUUUGUGCAUUGCCUUUACCCAAAGCAAUCUUAAAAAGAGGAACAAAGCAGUUCAUCGCAGAGCCAACAAUUAUUGUAGUACACAAUGCCAGAUUUACUAGAUUGUGCUUGCGGAAGUGUCUUAGCUGCUUCUUGGAGGAUGUGAUGGUUUCAGUAGUUUGGGUGGAGGUUGGCAGUUUAGAUAUAAUAUUGCAUAAUGGUAAACUAAGUUUGAAUAAAUUUGGCUAUAUUUUUGAACAGGCCAAGUUCUGGCAAUUAUUAUUGUCAUUUAACUGUAAGAAUUAAUCAAAAUGAAUGUCAUCAAUACACCUCCAAAAAUGAUGAUAUGUAAAUAGGGUAUUUUAAAAAUGUGCACCUGAGCAUGUACAGGAUUUCCUUUUUUUUUUAACCAUCAUGCAUUCCCUUGAGUGGUGCUUUGUUAUUAAAAACCAUAUAAAUCAGGUCCAUCAUUGCACUAUUUUUAUAUUUAUAACUUCAAGCUCUGCAGUCUUGUGUACUGCUGCUGCUGGAUGCUGUAGAAAGUCCUUCACAUUAUUUCCCCCAACCCCCCUCUUAUCAGCUGAGCUCCACACAUGUGGUCAUGACAGGGCCUUGCACUCUCACUGGAAGCAGCACAAAUAGUAGAUGACUGUCAAUGAUGACACCUACUGUGAACUGUUGCAAGAACUACCAGAUGAUCCACAUCAGGGAACACUGCAUCUUAUUUGCCCUUGCCCACAGUGGAACAAGUCAGAUAUACAUACCAGCUUGUGUGGUCAUUGGAAUAGCUCAGCUGGUUUGCUGUUUUUAUAAUGCACAUCAGGACCUUUCCUCAUGUUUGUGUCCUUCAUUGCUGACCUAAAUGUCAUAUUCUGUAUAACAUUGCUGCUGAGGUUAUAAGAGAAUAGAAGUUCUCUAUGUGCUAUAAACCAACUGAUAUCUUGUCUUUGUGUAGGCCUAUAUUAUUUUCACUCUCAGUCGAUAUAUAAAUACUGGUUGUUAUUAUACUGGCUUACAAUUAUGCAGUUUAUCUUACAGUAUAAAGAUUUAAAUAUAUUUUACGUAAUUAAUUUAUAUUUACUAAUGGUUCAAAUAUUGCGAACGCACAGUCUUUCGACUUAUUUCUACCUCCUCUAAAUCAUCGUCACCCUCUAGUGUCUGAAUCUGAUAAUAUCCAUAAACUGCUGAAUCAGAACGAAAACAUGAAUGAAACGAAUGAGCUGUUGUGUGAACAUUCAUAUGCAAUGCCUUACUGCCUCCUUGCGGACAACUACUGACAAACAUAGUUUUUUAUUUUUAAAGCGCUGUAUAAUAGUAAACAGCAUUGUAGAAGAUGCUUUUAUCCAGUUUGAAUAAAACCCACUAGGUUAUAUAGUCCCUCUUGAACAAGGCUCUUUCCAAACAAAGCACAAUGCUGGUAGUUAAUUGAACGUAAUAAGUUAUUUUACUAAGUACCUUGGCUAUAUUACAUAAAAUUAUGCAUAGGCUACAUAUGCACAACACAGUUAAGCAACGUUUCAUUAACAACAACAACACACAUUAUAACUGUAUAUUACUAUUAUUAUUAUUAGACCACUUUAAAACUACAAAUUCACUACUAACUCGGUUGACAAACUGCUGCUAUUUAAGGGCAGUGCUUCUCAGUUUUCAUUGGGCAAACCCGAUCCAGAGGUUUUUCAUGAGCGCACAGUGGGAGGAGAGACUACAGCACUGGACAUAAAAAAUAAACCUCUCAUUUCCCAGAAAGUAUAAAUACCAGCCCCUCAAUCCAGAGACAGUCCGGUGGACUUAUAAGAGCUCGCGAACUUGGCUCCGUUUUAGCUAUAAUUCGGUUACACCUAGGUUGCAUUGAAUAGGCUAAUAAUUUAUUCAUUUUCAAAAAUAGAUUUAAGAUAAGGAAGGAAAAUGCUGAUCAGUAAUUAUAAAUGUUUAUGAUAUUAUUUUAUAAUUAGUUGUUUUAAAUAGUAAAUUCAAACAAUUAGCUAAUCAAUUAUACAUUAUUUCUUUUUCUUUUUUUCCUUUUCUUUUAUUUUCUUUGUUUUUUUUUUGUUUUUUUGGAAUAGCGAGAUUUUAAUAAAAUGUGGUCGUGUGUAUUCACAUAUUCAUUAAUAGUUUGCCUCCUCGCUGAAACAUCUGCUCACUGGUUUGAGACUGAGGAGACUGUACCUGAACGGCUGAAUGAACGCACCGCUGGACGAGUGGCCAAGAGGAGUGAGCAACAGCCCAGCUUCAGACUCACGGCUUUCGGACGGAAUUUCACCCUGAAUUUGACACCGGACAGCACCUUUAUAUCGCCAGCAAUGAAGGUUUAUCGCAUCAAAGCCACACCACAAAAAAGACUUGAGUCAGCUAGCAAGCUGACAGAUCUUUACAAGUCAUUGAAUCAAACAGAAGAGACUGGAGCAGAAUUAUUAAAAGGCUGUUUUUACACCGGCUCUGUUGACUCCAAUGAGGACUCUAUUGUUUCAGUCAGUCUAUGUCAUGGGAUUUUAGGAUCAUUUAUCACAGAUGGUAAAGAAUAUCUAAUCGAACCCAAACUUCUCGGCUUGGGAACAUCUGGAAAGUUAACUGAGCAGCUGCAUGUCAUUAAAAGAAGAAGUUUUACGAAGUCCCCUCAGGUGUCUGAACCGCUGUCAGAUAUCAGAGAUUAUGAUCAGAAUUUGAUGUCUAGACGCAGGCGUUUUGUCUCUACUCGCAGGUUUAUUGAGACUUUGGUGGUCGGUGACGCUUCCUUGACACAUUUCUAUGGAGACGAGAUCAAGCACUACAUGCUGACCUUGAUGUCAGUGGCUGCUCAGAUUUACAAGCAUCCCAGCAUUAAGAACUCAAUCAACAUAGUGCUUGUGAAGAUGCUGAUCGUGGAGGAUGAAGAAGUUGGUCCGUCCAUCUCCAGCAAUGGAGGCGUCACUUUGCGCAACUUCUGUGCCUGGCAACAGCUGUUCAACCCGCCCAGCCACAGGCAUCCUGAGCACUUCGAUACAGCCAUACUUUUUACUAGAGAGGACAUCUGUGGACAUCAGAGUUGUGACACUUUGGGUGUAGCUGAUGUUGGAACCAUGUGUGACACCAAAAGGAGCUGUUCUGUGAUUGAAGACAAUGGCCUUCAGGCUGCUUACACGACUGCACAUGAGCUAGGCCAUGUUUUGAGUAUGCCUCAUGAUGACACUAAGAACUGUGAGCAGCUUUUUGGAUAUCUUGACGAUCACCAUGUCAUGGCCCCUGUAUUCACUCAGCUCAGUAAGACCUUGCCUUGGUCUCCCUGCAGUGCUUUGUACGUCACAGAGUUUUUCGACAAUGGACAUGGAGACUGUUUACUGGACACCCCUGAGACGACAGUGGCUUUACCCACUGAGCUGCCAGGCAUAACUUACAGCCUGGACCGCCAGUGUCAACAGAUAUUUGGAGAGGAGUUUUCACAUUGUCCCAACACUUCAGCCAGUGAGGUGUGCGGACAGCUCUGGUGCCAGGGAGAAGGGCAGUCUGUGUGCACAACCAGGAACGGGAGUCUUCCCUGGGCAGAUGGCACGAGCUGUGGCCCCAACAGGACCUGCCUGAACAGUGCAUGCAUGUCCUCUGAGGAAGUCAUGAGGCCUAAGCCAGCUGUGGAUGGUGGCUGGGGUGAGUGGGGACCAUGGGAACCGUGUUCCAGAUCAUGUGGAGGUGGAGUGAUGUUCUCCUACCGAGAGUGCACCCGGCCAUCUCCUCAAAAUGCUGGAAAAUACUGUGUGGGCCAGAGAGUGAAGUAUCAGUCCUGCAACAAACAGGCUUGUGAGAAUAACCGAGGGAAAAGUUUCCGAGAGGAACAAUGCGAGAAGUACAACAAUCCAAAUCAUUUUGAUGUUCAUGGAAAUGUGAAGCAGUGGAUACCAAAAUACACUGGAGUAUCAUUGCGGGAUAGGUGUAAACUCUUUUGCAGAGCAAGGGGCAGCAGUGAAUUUAGAGUGUUUGCAGCUAAAGUAAUUGAUGGAACCUCAUGUGGUCCAGAUACCACAUCAUUUUGUGUGCAAGGCCAUUGUAUCAAAGCCGGUUGUGAUCUGGAGAUCGAUUCUAAUAAGAAGAUGGAUAAAUGUGGCGUAUGUGGUGGAAAUGGGCAGAGCUGCAGGAUGAUAUCUGGCUCAUUCAAUAAAGUCAUAAAUGGAUAUAGUGACAUUGUGACGAUUCCAAGUGGAGCCACUAACAUUGACAUCAAACAGCAGAUCCAUAGAAGUAUACCACACGAUGGGCAUUACCUGGCUGUACGAAGAGAAAAUGGUGAUUAUAUCUUGAAUGGCAACUUCUCUGUAUCCACAGUGGAGCAGUAUAUUCCAGUGCUGGGGGCUGUGCUGAAGUACAGUGGCUCAUCCACCACACUGGAGAGACUUCAGAGCUUCCACCAGCUACAGGAGCCAAUCACAAUACAGCUACUCUCCACCGCUGGGGAAACCAUCCCACCGAAGGUCAAAUACAACUUCUACAUCCCCAAAACCAUAACUUUUAGCAAACCCAAAGACAAAAAGAUUGCUGGCAAACUGAUUCAUCCAUUUGGGGUGCCACAGUGGGUCUCGGGCGAGUGGUCUGAAUGCUCCAAAACUUGUGGUUCAGGAUGGUCCAGGAGAAAUGUGGAAUGUAAAGACAAUGCUGGUUUUUAUUCAAACCACUGCAAUAAAGAUCUCAGACCCUCUGAUAUCAGGCCCUGCGCAGACCUGCCAUGUCCUAUAUGGCAAAUAGGGCCUUGGUCUUCAUGCUCACAAACUUGUGGCCACGGGGAUCGCCAGCGUAGGAUUCUCUGCAUUGAUUACGCUGGGAAAAUUGUGGAACCGAAGAACUGUGACCCUGCCAAGAUGCCUGAAUCAGUAUCUGAAAGGUGUUUCUACCAAGAGUGUUGAGGACAUCAUGCAGACUUUCAAAUUAUUCAGAGGUGAUAAAAUGCUCCAGAAACAAUAUAAAGAUCAUCAUUUGACCGUGAACAGGUUGGAGCAGGAAAUAUUUCGCUUUAGAUGGAAAUUUGAGCUUUUAUGAAUUUUGCACGGACUGAUCACUUUGGGUUUGGUUUUCCAGAUAUAGACGCAAUCUAAAUAUAUAUAUAUAUUUAUAACCACUAAGUUUGAUCUAAUAGAUCUCUACCUCAGCAAGCAAUGCUUUCUUGUAGUUUCCUUAACUUCUGUCGCCUAAUUGCUUUCUUAGAGCACUCCACAUAAAUUAUUUUUCAAGUAUGUCAUAUUAAAGAUUCUCAACAGUACGACAGUAAAUCAUUUCAGACAUAACAUUAAUGUCAGGCUGACUUUAUUUUAAAUAAGGACAGAAAUCAGUUCCAAUUUUUUUUGUAUGCCUAUUUGUACAUUCAGAUAUACCAAAAACUUUUGGAAUUACUAAAUUAAUUUUUUUUUUUUUUACUUUGAAUGGAAAGUCGCAAUGCAGGUGAUAUCAUUCUUUUUUAUUGAUUUACUUUGUGAUUGGGUCAGUAAUUUUUGAUUUUAGAUGAUUAAUUUUAGAUUAGUUAUUUUAUUUUAUUUUAUUUUUUUUUAUAAACCUUGGCUUGCAUUUAUCAGAGUCUUAUUUUCCCUUUCAGAGUUGAAGUGUAUCAAAAACACCUGAUGAAGCAUGAUCAUAUACAUUUUUAUAGCUAUUUUCAAGUAUAUUUAAAACUGUAUCAGAGGUUAAGAGUGGUUGAGCCUAAUUUAUAUUCUGGAACAUUAAUAAUUAAAGAUAGGUAAUUAGAUCUAGCUUAUGAAACUACUUAAAAAAAUUCCUUAAAAAACAUAAUGUUUGUUUCCAUUCAGAAGGUUGUAUAACUUAUGAUUUACUGUAGCUGUUAUUUGUAUUAAACACUGUUUUAUUUCAAAAGUGCACAUAACAAAUUGUUGUGAAUUGCUAUGUGAAUGAAAAACUGGAUGUUUGGAAACAUCAGUCCUUACUGGUUUUUCAUACUUCAUGAGUUGAAAUAUCUGAAAGCUUGAAAGAACUGUGUAGAUGUAAACGAAAUAAAGAAGAAGAUGAAGAAAAAAAGUACAACAUAAAACUAAACUGAUAAAUGGUUAAUGCUCCUUUAAAAUGAUUACACACACACACACACACACACACACACGUUUGUUUUUGUGAAAAGUGGGUUCAUCCCAUAGGCGUAAUGUUUUUUAUACUGUACAAACUGUAUAUUCUAUGGGCCUACACCAACC